AUGCAAAAUGGCAGUAAUAAUAAGACCAUUGGGGCCAACGAAUUGGCCAAUUGUGUAUUAGAUAUUAAGUGCUUCAACUGUAACGAGAUGGGUCAUAUUGCAAGGAAUUGUCUAAAACCAGACAAGCAAAAGAAGUCAAAAGAACAGUCUAGGGAUGACUCGCGAGCGAGCUUAAAGGCGCGAAGCUCUGGAAAGAAGGCGCAUAAUAGGCAAAAGCAAAAGCACAAGCACAAGGGACGUGCUAGCAAGGCUGUCGAAACGUCAGACUUAGACAGCAAGAGUAUCAGUGACGCGAGUACAGGAGAGAGUGUUAACUGUGCUUGGAUAAGUGUGAGAUUUGUGGACAUGAUUGAAGAGAAUGAUUGUCAAGAGGUUGAAAUGGUAAAGCGAAUAUCAAAGAGAUUGGAGACAGAUCAAGAUGAGACUAGUGCUAGGAAAGACAAGCCCUGGGUUAUCGAUGGUGGUGCGACACGUUCAUGUUCAGGCAAUAUCGAGUGCUUUCUCGACUUAGACACCUCGUAUAGAGGUUGGUUAGGAACUGCAGGAAAGAGUACGAGGAUUAUGGGAAAAGAAAGAGUAAAGGCGCUGCUAGAAAAUGGAGAUUAUGCCGUUUUAAAUAAUGUUUUGAAGGACCGGAAGACAUUGGCAAUAGGCUAUAAUAUAGGCCGCACAAGUUAUCUUGGCUGGACAGAGUCGCGGGACGCGUUGGUUACGAAGUCAGGACCUAGAGCAGAAGAAAUCGCGCUCCUAACACGUGAAGAACCAGAUUGGGAUAUAAUUCAUAGACAUUUUGGACACCCAGGGAAGCCACAGUUUAAGCGACUGGCUAAGAAACUUGGCCUAGAGUUAUCAAAGGAUUACAAGUUUGACGACGCGACUAGAUUCUUAUGGCUUUAUAUCAUGGAAGAUCGACGUACUGAAACUGUGAUUGGGAUUCUAGAUAUGUGGAUGGUCAGGGAAGAGUUCUUUACACCUGGACAGAAGAAGUGGAAGUCUGCGUAUGAGAUGCUCUAUAAGAAGAAAUUUGACAUUGCAAAACUUAGAGUUCCAUUUUGCAAAGUCUGGUUCCACACUGAGACAAAGGAUAAGCUUGAUCCUAGGGCUCAUGAAGGUGUUUUUGUGGGUUAUACCAAGAGUAGCAGUCAAUAUCUCGUGCUUGAUAGACAAGGGCGAGUACGGAAGGUCACCAACCCAAUCUUCUUAGAAGACGAACGAGGAUUCAUUUCCUAUGAGACAGGAGAGAGAGAAUUUACUCACGACGAGGUUUAUAAUCGUCUCAGGGAGAGAUGCUGCAUGUUCGAUAACAUUAGUGCUAUUCAUAGUGGUUCUAGUAUGCUUAAUCCGACUGUCAAUGCGACUGUCAAUUCAACCAUGAGUCUAAUUACCAAUCACAAAUCAACUACCAAUGUGAAUCCAAGUGUACUCAACCAAAUAGAUAAUGUUGAGGCACCUACUACAGUUGAUGAGUCACAUAGUCAAGAUUCUACUAUGUCGAUUACACUGGAUCUAGCUAAUCCGAACCCGUCCACUACACCUUCAUUACUAGAGGCAUCUCAGCAAGAUACUUUACCAAAGCGACGAUCUGAGCGUAUACGACAACCAACUCAGGCGUUAAUUGAAUCACAGCAAAUAGAGCAGAUAUAUGGCUGGAAAAGUCGUCAAGAAAGACGUCAGGAAGAAAGGGAAGCAAGUAAAGUAUCAACAGGUUCUUCCCAAGUCUCUCAUGAGGAGACACGUCUACGAGAAACAGCCAAUUUAGCAGUUACAAUAGAAUUUCUACUAGGCGAAAAUGAUGAGUUUGCUUUACAAGUUGAUAAGUGGCUUGAAGGGGAGAAAAUUCCUAUAUUUAAAACUUAUAAGGAAGCUGUGAAGCAUCCAAUUUAUGGAUCUAGAUAG